CCCCCCUCUCUUUCCCUCUAUACGCGCAGCGUAUGGCUACGGUGUGACACGUGUGCUUCCCGCGCGCCUUUCGCGCAGCGAAAUUACGCCUAACGCACUCUUGUUGACGCGCGCGCAAUGACGCGUAACCAGUUCCUGCAUCCUUCGCACGUGUGACGUGUCCCGUCGAGAGGGAAAGUCGUCGUGAGGAAAGGAGCGAGAAUUUUCCGGGAGAAAGAGAGUACCCCCCACCCCCGAGCUCUCGGUAGCGGAUAGCGCGUCUCGGAAAAUGCCAAGGUGAUCCUCUCUGUCCACCUCUUCUUCCUUCUUUUUCUUCUCGUGCUGCCGACGAAAGCCUCGAGGAAAACCGCGAGUCCGUGUUGGAACGUGCGUGUGACGGAUCCUGGUUCGGCUCGUCGUUGUCCAUCGCGCGCUCCCGUCGCGACCCUCUCGAUCCGUCGUUGAACCCGUAACGAAGUCUCGCACGCUGGAGCGUGAUCUUCGAGCGAUCGACAUCGUCACGUCUGCCGAUCGCGGUUGAAAACCGCCAGGAUGCAUCACACAGCGCCGUGGUAUCUGCCGUGGGGCCUGAAGCUGGUGCCGCUACCGAUUCCGCCAGGACACCCAGCCUCGGGCAUCCCGAAUCCCGGUCUGCACCUGUUGGCGCCCUUGCCAGGAAUUUACGCUCCGGAGCCGCGUAAGGUUGAGCUAAAACCAUUGCGAGAGGCGGCAGUCGCGGUCCCCGCGCCGAAAAUCACCGAGAAGCGGAAGACCGAAGACGCCGACGCCAGCAAGGAUCUGAAAAAGGCAAAAUUGGAAACGAAAGCGCUGAAAGCGAAGAGGCCGGGAUUCACGGACGAGCGGUACAACGAGACCAGCUAUUACGUGGAGCACGGUCUCCGUAAGGUAUACCCGUAUUACUUUACCUUCACGACAUUCACGAAAGGUCGAUGGGUCGGCGAGAAGAUACUGGAGGUCUUUGCGAGGGAAUUCCGCGCUCAUCCGGCCGAGGAAUACGAGAGAUGUAUUCGCGCUGGCACUCUGACGGUCAACUACCAGAAGGUGGACGUCGACUACAGGUUACGGCACAACGAUCUCCUGGCUAACGUCGUUCACAGACACGAGGUGCCUGUCACCUCGGAGCCGAUCACGGUGAUACACAUGGACGAGGACGUCGUCGUGGUCAACAAGCCCGCCUCCAUCCCUGUGCAUCCAUGCGGCCGUUACCGACACAAUACCGUCGUCUUCAUCCUGGCGAAAGAGUACAACCUGAAGAACCUCAGGACCAUUCACAGGCUGGACCGACUCACCAGCGGCAUCCUCCUGUUCGGCAGGACGCCGAAGAAGGCGAGGCAGAUGGAGCACCAAAUAAGAAAUCGACAGGUUCACAAGCAAUACGUGUGCCGAGUGGAGGGCGAGUUCCCCGAGGAGGAGGUGAUCUGCUCGGAGCCGAUUGAGGUCGUCUCCUACAAGAUUGGCGUCUGCAAGGUCUCCGAAAAGGGCAAGGAUUGCGUCACGCGUUUCAAGCGUCUCAGCUACAACGGCAAGUCGUCCGUGGUUCUCUGCAAGCCGCAGACAGGACGUAUGCAUCAGAUCCGCGUCCACUUGCAGUAUCUCGGCUACCCGGUGGUGAACGACCCGCUCUAUAACCACGUAGUUUUCGGCCCACACAAAGGCAAAGGCGGUAACAUCGGCAAGACCGACGAGGAGCUCGUCAGGGAUCUCAUCAGUAUUCACAAUGCCGAAAACUGGCUCGGCAUGGAUGGUGACUCCGAGAUGAGCUUAUUUAAACCGAAGCUGGAGAUGGAAGAUCGGAUGUUGGGCUCCGCCAACGACAAGGAUGGCUCUUCGCCGUCGUCCACUCCGGGUUUGGUCGAAGAUGAGACACAGCAGCAACAGCAACAGCAGCCGCAACAGCAGGAGCAGCUCAAGUCCCUAAAGGUCACCGUGGGAACCCAGACGGGCUCGGAGCCGCCCGACUCGAGCUUCGCUAACGACAAGGUCACCGUCGAUCCGCACUGCUACGAGUGCAAAGUAAAGUACAGGGACCCGAAGCCGUCGGACCUGGUGAUGUAUCUGCACGCGUGGCGUUACUGCGGGCCGGGAUGGGAGUACGAGACGCCGCUGCCGGCGUGGGCAGCCAGCGAUUGGACCGGCGACGAUCGAUAGUUCCGACGUGAUCGAGGCUGAUCCGCACGGACUCCUCGGCGAGUCGUCGUCGUCGUCGUCGUCGUCGUCGUCGUCGUCGCCGCCGCCGUCGCCGAGUCUCGAAUCCCCUUUUGAUAUCCUUACCCCGUGCCUUCCAUCCGCCAAUGAGCGAUCUUGACCAUCGUACACCCGAAUACACACACACCCACACAAAUAAGAUUCACAGACAGACACGUACACUUGCGCACACAUACUCGAAUAUACAGUUACAUUCUCCUAUAACUCGGCCGUCGGAUACCUCGGAGCUGCGAUCCGAGAGAAAUGGGAUUGCGGGAACAAUCUCGUCGCUCGAUUUGCAUUUCUGCAGCUCGCCGACGAUGUAUGGUGUUAUAAGUGACGCCCGGCGUCGUUAUCGCGCGACGUUCGCGGAGCGAACGGCGAAACGAUUCGCCGACGUGGCCGCUCGCUCGCUCGCCGGCCGCACACACAUACACACACACACACGCACGCACGCACACGUAUACACACACUCACACACCCGCGGCAGAAAUGCAUGUUAGUUCUCGCGACGGGUUCGCCGGGCCGCUCUCGUUUCGUCAUACGUUCUGGCAGGGAUCCCCGCUGUUCGGCUCUCGCGCGCCGGCGAUUUCGCGCGAGAAAUCAACCGAGACGACGUUACCGCGCGAAUUAAUCACAGCGACAAAAGACAACGUUGUUACCGAUCCUUACGUUUAACCCUCGCACUGUCCUGAUUCUGGGAGCCAAAUAAUAAAUCAGAUCGUCAUUAUUGUUAUUUUCAUCUCGCUGCGCUCACGUAACGCUGCGUUCCAGGUUUCUCAAUCGAGCUCUUUCCCAUCCUCCUCGUCGCCCCCUAAAUAAACCUGAGACACUUCGCGUUGCAACUCAGUUUAGGCCGUGGUGCGAAAUUUUUCCGACGUGCGAGUUGUCGCGCGACGACUGUUCCUACGAUCCUUCUUCAAAGCACCUAACAGCUUCGACGGGAGACAGCUUCUUUGUCUCAUGCAGUCGAUUGACGUGGAACUUGUUGCAAGUCGCAGGACUUUGUUGUAGCCUCCGGAUAGGAUUCUCAUCGAGACAGAGAGAAAGAGAGAGAUGCGUGAUAACGAGGAGCGUAGGGAGCCUGUGAUUGUAAAUCGCAAAAGGACGAAGAGAAUUCACUUAUAAGAGUUGACGCGGCGAAAGCAGCGUGUUGUGCUCUGUUCUCACUCGUGACGUGAGUGGAAGAACGCGGUCGACCCGGCGACGAUUCUUCGCUGCGCGGUCGCGCAACCGGAACGUGCGAGCAUCAGCGUGUAAAAUCCGCGACACACGUGCAAAAGUCGCUUUCGCAAAAGACGUCGUCGCGGAGGCCGAGACAAAUGCGCGCGUUCUGAAAGGCGCGACAGUCUGGGCCGCUUUCAUGAGCACAGUCAGUCAAAAAGUCACUGCCACUGGAGCGAGAGACGCCCUCUCUCCCGUUCCCCGCGGCCCCCUUUCCGGCCCCAACGCGCGCGGAGAUUGAUGCAUCUGUCGCAGAUGGCAUGGUGCUCCGAUGGAUCGUAUCGUUCAUCUUGAUUUAUGACGUACAGAAGCACGUAGGAGAAUCGUGAUCUUUUCUAUUUCUGCAGGGUGUAUAGAGCGCGAAGGGACACAAGCUUCGUCACCCUGCUUUUACACCUCGCGGGACAUUUUGAUUCACGGCGGAUUCGCGUCCGAGAAUCCAUUUUUUCCCUUCUCAAAAUUCCAGUGCGAAUGGAACCUGAGUCUUUAUCUAAGAAUAAACGACGCGCGAGAGCGGGCGUAAAGUAAACGACGUCGCGAGCACCUCGACAGCUUUCGCUUAACGCGACCGGACGCGGACGGUCCCGAGGAAUGUGUUGUUGCUCGAUGAAUUUACGUCAGUUUGGGAUUCGGAAAUCGACUUUGGUGGCGGAGCGAAUCGGCGAUAUCAAUUAUAUCCGGCGGUGAUGUUGCCUUUGGCAUGAAAUCGCCUCAGUCUGACAAAAAGAGAAAAAGAGAGAGAGAGAGAGAGAGAGAAUCAACUAAGUAGAAGAUAAAUUUAUCUCGCGGCUGCGGUAGCCUGGCGAUUCGGCUGCGUUCCGGAGAGCGAAUUCGACGAAGCCCUGCGACUUUGUAUUGUUGUGUUAAACUAAUGUUUAUCGUUAAUAUAUCAUUGUAAAAGAUUCCGUGAGCGCGUGCGCGCACGCGACAGAGAGAAAGAGAGAGAGAGAAAGAUGGACACAUCGGUAUUAAUCGUGUGUAUUACAUAUUAGAGGAAUUAUUCUCGGUGAUAUCGUACCUCUCUCUUGGUUGCUUACUGUCAUCAGUUUCCUAUCACGCGAUGCGUGCGUCCAUUUUCGAAAGAAAUCAUCGUAUCCUCAAGAUCGGCGCGUAACGUAAUCAGCAUUGUUUCCUAUGCCACAUCGAUCACCGUUCUCCAUUGAAGGUGACCUGGUCCCAUUCACACGUGCGUGUACGUUUCCUCGCACGGUUUCACGGACAGACUUCUCUUCUUGAAACCGGCACGGCCGCCAGGAAGAGGAGGAGGAGAGGGUGGAAGUGGAGGUCGUAUCCUCAGUAGCACAGGUAGGGGACUGUGACGUAGGAAACCGCGGUAGAGGCGCGUGACUAUUUUUAUGGCAGAUAUAUACGCAGGGGAACUAACGUGGUGGCGCGGAUUCAGCGGCAGGGGUCUCCAACAAUAAGCGUGAUCUUGUCGGACGACAGCCAAUGAUCAUGCCAAAGAGCGAGCGAGCGACCAGCGAGCUUUCAAUCAUAUCGUGCACAUGUACCUUUUCUCGCGCCGACGUCGAAAAGAGCACGGUCCGGUCGGCGGCAAGUAGAGUCUAGUAGAGUCUCGCAAAUCAAGGCCCAAUAGUACUCUUUGUAAAUUUCUUACAGUGUAAUCUCACUCAAAACGGGUGAAAAUGUUUUCACUCGAAACAACAAACAUUGAAUUUUUCUCAAAUUUAGGAUGAGUAGGGGAAAAGGUGAGACAACUUCCCUUCUUAAUAGAGAGAAAAACAGCUCCUUUUAACACCAUAAACAAUGUGGUACUGACCCUUUUGAGGCCGAUAAAGAUCCUAAUAAUUAUAUUUCAGUUAUCGAUAGGUGUCGUAGUAAUUGUUAAAGAAAUCAGCUUUUUUCAUAUUACUGCCUUCUCCCCUAUAUUUUAAGACUAUUAUUAAGAAAAUUUUUUGUUAAAGAUAAUCAUUGCUUAAAAGAAGGAAAGCAAGUUAAAUAGUCGCUUUUCUAGCAGAAUAAUAUUCUUCUCUGUGUACCUUUCGAGUGUAAUUUUACUCCAAGAUUCAUUAUCAAGUAUAACCCGGCCUAAUCUAUGUCCACUUUGGUGAAAUGAGAUCUUCUCGAUCAAACCUUUCUUGUCUCGACAAGAGAAACUGAUCUAGGAUUAGGAUCAGGUUUGAUUUUAUCAAAACGGAUCGGAUCGAAUUAUAUUUGAUAAUGAAUCGGACCGGAUCGUGUUGAGCCUUGGUUUGCAGGGCUCUGACGACAAGGUGUUUUACAAACAAGUACAAUCGCGAGCGAGUGAGAUGCGAGGAGAAUCAACGCGCUAACAUUAUUUUAUUACGGGGUAUGGAGUCGCGCGUAGCGGAAAGCACGCCCAGUUGCGAGCCGUCUCGUCCGCUCUCGCUGAUCGCACGCUCCCGACGAUGGUCCCUCUCAUCGGGUAUUCGCUCGUUGUUCACGAGCUCCUCUCGGCCGAGUUGAGCGGCACCGAGCGGCAUCCAGCGAAGGCAAAAGCUAUCAUCGCGCACUUGUCCCGCGUGACGUUGAAGAAGCCACCACCACGCGAGCACAGCGAGGUCUGUUUUGCGUCACGCGUGAUAACACGUGGUGCAAUGUGCGAGAGCAGCGGACGGAUACGCGGCGGUCGGCUAACAAAACACGCUCCGCGUGACGCGGUCUUUAGCUUGUAUUUAGCGUCGGGUCGUUAAGUCGUGAGCAGUGAUGGGAAGUGUGACGAUCCAGAUGCGAUUGGCGAGUCACAGAUUCGGCGAAUAUAAUAUCCCGUCGCCCGAGAUGGAAGCGACGCGGCGUGUUACAAUUUCUGACAUACCUCCAACAUUAAAAGAAAGAAAAACUCUACUUCGCUUUUCUGACGGGGCCAACUCACGCGCGACGUGUCUGGAUGUUCGCUCAGGGGUGAUUUUUGCUAUGACGAGCGCUACCAAUCCGCGAUCUACAAUACACGGAUAUGUGUGUCGUGUGCGUCAACGAGAGUAUUUAAGUUUGUACUGCUGCAGCGAGCUAUCGAUUUACAUUGAAGGUGUACGCGGAUCGAGGGUUGAGUUUGCCGAAUAUAUAUUUUUAGAAUAGGAGUUUCUCUCCAAUCUUCUCUGAUUUAGAGCGAGAGCGUGGAAGAUCUAGUACGACGGCUGCUUUCGGGCCUGGCGUAUAUCAUAGGCUGUUACCAUAGGUCGCAGAGAUAGAUGUCUUUUUAAUAUAGAGAUUCUCCACACGGGAUCAAGAUGUAGGCCGCAGAGAGAGAGAGAGAGAGAGAGAGAGAGAGAGAGUGAGUGAAAGAGAAAGAGACGCAGUCUCUUUUGCGUUCUUAAGCGUUAAAUGUUAUCGCGCGCAUUGAGGUACUCGAAGGCUUAAACACUGACCGCGGUGCGUCUACACAUACACACACAGAGAGAGAGAGAGAGAGAGAGAGAGAGAGAGAGAAAGAGAAAGGGAAAAUACGUUAGUGCCUAAAAACGUUCGAGAAACAUGAUACACGUUAGUUACUAGAUAUUUUUUCAAUCUAGAGCGAUCUAGAGCGAUUUAGAGCACGAGCACCUGCGAGCACUCGAGACAAACCAAUCUUGCCAUCACUGCCCGCGAGAGUCGUGAAUACGAGAAAGCGAAGAACAUAAUAGGGGCGAUGUGCGACGCAAGAAAAUGGGUUUGCUAGAUAUAUGUGUAUGUAUACAUGGAAAGAAGACGAAGGGGGAGAGAGAGAGAGAGAGAAGGAAGAUAAUGUAACAAAACGGACCUAUCAUAAAAGACAGUGUGUGCGCUUACUAACUCAAUCGAGAUAGCUCGCCCUUCGUCGGCGAGCUAUCCCGAACGUAAAAUGGCUAGCUUAAAUCUAUUAUUUAAGUAAUUGAAUAAAAAAGAAAAAAAAAAAAAGAAUGCACGGUAAUUUCGAAAC